AGAAACGCGACAGUUAAUCCUCGCGCGUUUACGGGGUCGUAUGAUCGACCAUACGGGCGAGAGAAGGCAAAUUCAUUAGGGGAAGAAUUUAAUUUGUUCUUCUUCAACAUUUUCAAUUUUUUUCCCUUCUUUUCUUUUUUUUUUUCAUUUUUUUUUCUAUUCCUCUUUGCCAUUCAAUAAAUCAUUAUUCCCUUUUUGAUUUGUCUUUAUCGUGACUUUGCAAUCGAUUAUCGAAGGAAGCAAAACACAUACGUUGGAUUUAACUUGUCGAUAAUAAAAGAGAGAGAGAGAGAAAGAGAGAGAAAGAGAGACUUCAUAUUUUGAAGGAUCAAAAAAAGAGGAACGAUGACAACACGUCUUUGCUGACUCCUACGAACUUUUUUUUCGAAUGAAGAAGGAUGACCAGACGCGAGAAGAGGAUCUUCGGGAUCCUUGUCUUGCUGAACAUCCUUGGAGAGGUUCCAGCGAAUCUCACAAUCUCCUCGGAAUCAGAAUCGAUCGAGGAAACAAUAGCAAUCACUACAACGAAGAAACCAAUACCAGAGAGAUGCCUUGUGAAACAGGAUCAAGGACCUUGCAAGCAUUACGUACAUAAAUGGUCUUUUCAUAAAACCGAUGGGAAGUGCAAGACAUUUCCUUAUGGUGGUUGUUUAGGAAAUGAAAAUAGAUUCAACUCUGAAGCUGAAUGUCUUCACUAUUGUAUCGGUGGUCCUGAUCACACGCUACCCCCUUACUUGGUAACAAAAGGCAGCGUAUUUGUGACAACGAGUGUUCCGACGAGCAGUACAUCACCCACAACCACAUCAAGUACUCCUAGGCCAACGUUCGCGCCACCUCAACCAACGAGACCACCAGUACCAAAGGAGAAACGAGGAAAGGAAUUGACGUUCAUGGAAUCAGGAUACGAGAAGACGUUCAUGUUCGCACAAAGUAACACUUUCAUACAACUCGAUGGCAGUGGUAUAAAGACCUUUCAAUUGAGAUUAUGCCGUGAAAUAUCAUUCAAAUUUCGAACUAAAUUACCACACGGUUUACUCGUCUAUCAUAGUGUGAAAGAUCGUCCAGAAAGUUUAGAACCUUAUGCUCUUUACGUGAUCGUUGAAAAAGGCCAGUUGAAGGUAGUACACGUGUUCGGAAAGAAAUCAACGAGUUUGACGGUUGGCGAAGGACUUAACAGAGACGAGUGGCACAGUGUUCUGGUUAGAAUCGAUGUUCACGGAGCAAAGCUUAUCGCAAGAGUAGACGAAAAGCAAUCGGAAACUAGCCUAGAAGUUCUUGAACGUGUCGUUAAUUAUGGCGUUUCCGAGGAAUUGGCAUCUGUCGUUCUUAUUGGAGGAUUGAGCUCAGAGGAACGUCUACAUGGUGUUAAAUACAUCAUAGAAUCUUUUGUCGGCUGCAUCAGAGACAUGGUCCUUAGUUCCGGCAAGUCAGCAAGCGACCUGUUGCCUAUUCUACCAUUGAUCGCAACUAAGCAUGAAAAUGUUAAGGAGGGUUGCAUAGACAAGUGCUGGACAAGGGAAAAUCUUUGCUUCAUGCCCGAUCAAUGCGUCAAUCAUUAUAAUAGCCUGACAUGUGACUGCUUUGGAACGAAAUAUGAAGGCGAACGUUGUGACGUCUACACCGCCACGAUUUUAACAUUGAGGGGAUCAUCGUACGUGUCCUUUCGAGUUUACGAUUGGAAAGACCGUGUCCAUUCCUCGGUGAACAAGAUCAGCUUGGCUUUCAAGACAAAAUUCGACGAUUCAGCAUUAUUUUAUGCAUCUGGUGAAAUCGAUGGUACACCUCAUUACGUAGCAGCAUCCAUCAUGAACGGUUCGGUUUACGUUGAAUUAGAUUUCGGUCAUGAUUCCAAAAUUGCUACUGUUCUUGGCGAUUAUGUAACCUCCGAUCAUUGGAACAAUUUAACUAUCUUCCACAAUGGUUCAUUGAUAUUUGUGAGUUUGGACGAGGAAAUUAAAGUACUCGAGAUACCUGGGGAAAAUUAUAAUAUGAUUAUAGAUCCUGAGAUAUAUAUCGGCGGUGGACCAGAAUUACAUAAGAAAAAGGGUUUGGUGUCGCAUAAUAAUUUUGUAGGAUCAUUAAAAUACGUAUUCUUCAACGACAAGUCAAUCAUUUACGAACUGAAACGAUCUAAUCCUAUGGUUCAUUAUAUCGGUGUGCUAGAACCAGAGUAUUACGAGGCCGACGUCGAGGUCAUUCCCAUUACGUACCCUUUCGCAGGAAGUCACAUUUGGUGGCCUAUUGAGAAAACGGAUUCUCUUAAACUCAACUUUGAUUUUAAAAGUUCCAAACCAAUUGCGGUGGUUGCAUCAGGAGACGUAAAGAGUAAUCGUGGAGUUGGUUAUUGGGAGCUUCGUUUGGUUAACGACGAAAUACGUUUUCAACUAAUACCCGUCUCAAUAGAAAAUAUUACAGUAUCAACUGCUAUUAAAUUCCCAACUUACAAUACUUCCUGGCAUGCUGUAGAACUAAAUUAUACAAAGGGCGAGCUAAACAUUCUAAUUGAUUAUAGAAAUAAACAGAGCAAGCUUUUUGCUAUGACUUUUGAAUUAGGUGACAAGGUAAUCAUUGGAAGUGGCAAGGGUAACGCUGGUUUGGUAGGUUGUAUGCGAGAUAUUCAGGUAAAUGGCCAGAAAAUAGAGCCUAGAUACAUCAUAAAUACUAAAAAAGUUGUCGGUGAAGUAGCUUUAGAUAAUUGCCAAUUCGUUGAUCCAUGUAAAAGACCAAAUACUUGCGAACACGGUGGUAAAUGUUCUGUGAAAGAAGAUCGGAUAACUUGUGAUUGUACGAACACUGGGUAUAUUGGAAAGAAUUGUCAUUUUGCAGAUAAUAAAAAAACAUGUGAAGAAUUAGCGCUGUUGGGGUAUACUCAAGAUGACGUUUAUACAAUUGACAUCGAUGGAAAUGGAAGAUUUCCACCUGCUUCAGUAAAAUGUGAAUUUCAAUCUAUCGAAGACUCAACUAAGACGAUCGUAGAACAUAAUUUACCAUCCCAAGUUGACGUUAGAUCCAUCGCUGAAUCAGAUUUUUCGUUUAGUAUUAAAUACAGACAAUUUACUCCAGAGAUGCUUCAAGAACUGAUCUCUCAUUCCCUUUACUGUAGUCAAUAUGUAAAGUAUGAUUGUUACAAAGCACCCUUGGAACUUCAUAGUGCAACCUGGUUUCUUGGUUCAAAAGGAACAACAGUUGAUUAUAUUGGAAAUGUUAACAGAGGAUCUUGUCCAUGUGGCAUGAAUAGAACCUGUGUCAAUAGCAAUUUGAGUUGUAACUGUGAUGUGUCAUCUGGAAGUGCUGGAAAAUGGCUCUCCGAUGAAGGUUAUUACGAGACGCCAGAUGCGUUAGGUAUCACUGGUAUGGUAUUUUUACAACAACGAGAUCUCGAAGAGGAUGCUCAAGGCCGCAUUACUUUAGGACCAUUGGAAUGUGUCGAGACAAACACACAGAAAUACGUUGUAACUUUUACGACCUCUCAAUCCUAUAUUGAAGUGCCAGGUUGGCGAAAAGGUGAUAUAGCUUUUAGCUUUCGUACAACAGGAGAAAAAGCUAUACUUCUUUAUCAACCACCAAUCAGAAGUAAUUAUCCAUCGUUCAUGGUAGCAUUGACAUCAGAAUAUCGAUUAACAUUUAACUUUACUCUCAAUACUGGAACUAUUCGUGACUUGGAAGUAAACAGCCAACGAAAAUUAAAUAACGGAGAGUGGCAGAAAAUUUGGAUCGAUUAUAAUGAUUACCAUGUUAGAUUUAUGAUUAACACUGAUUACGCAAUGGUCGAUUUGUUGCCUGAAGAAGAGUUUGGUCCAUUCGAGGGUUCCAUGUUCAUCGGUGGUGCUACAGCAGAACAUUUGAAAACUUCAUCGGUUAGACAAGGAUUAAUUGGAUGUUUCCGUGGUCUUGUUGUAAAUGGUGAAAUAUUGGAUAUCCAUAGUUACAUGUCGGUACACCUUUCCGAAAUUAUUAAAGAUUGCAAACCUUCUUGUCAACCUAACAAGUGUCAAAACGGUGCAAGGUGUGUCGAACUUUGGAGCAAUUUUGAAUGCGUUUGUGAGAACAGAUGGGCUCAUCUGGGAACUUUCUGUGAGACAAAUAUCAACAAUAAAGCUUUAACAUUUACCUCACCGGGUGCUUUUCUAAAAAAGAAUUAUUUUGGUUCGGAUGACAACGGAGAAAAGAUAUUGUUGAAGAGUAUGUUUGAACGAAACAUAUUAAUCAAUCUAAGAACUUACGAUACUCACUCACUAAUACUUUAUGCUAAUGAUCACUUAAACAACUUUGUACAUCUUUACAUCUCGAAUGGUACUAGUAUCGUGUAUCUCUUCAAUGCAGGGAAUGAAAUUAAAAAUAUUACUGUGCAACAUUCAGGUGUUAACACGGGAAUAUCAGUACAGAUAGCCAUCAUUCAUGGAGAAAAAUCUACGACCCUUCAUGUGAAUGACUAUAAUGUUACAUUGAAUGCAACUCCUAUACUUUUAGAUUCUUAUUCUAAUAAACCUUGGAUUAAUCCUGAAAAGGAAGUGUUAGCACCUCAAAGACCACCUGCACCACCAACAGAUUAUUUCCAAAUGAAUUUAGGUGGUUUUGAUCCAGACGAUCUUCUAAGAGUCGGAAAGGAAGGUAAUCUUACACAAGGAUACGUAGGAUGUCUUCGAGGAUUGAUGAUUGGCGAGUAUCACGUGGAUUUACCAAACUUAGCCAGCGAAGCCAAUCACGAGGGUAGCAAAGGUGUCCUUCCGAAUUGUCAAAUGAAAUGUGACGCUAUGCCUUGUAAAAACUUGGGUAUAUGUACAGAAGAUUUUGGAAGGCAAGAAUCCUUUUGCAAUUGCGAAUUGACAUCUUACUUUGGUGAACACUGUGCCGAUGAGAAAGGUGCCGAUUUCAGUGGUGAGAGUGUACUUCAACGUGAAUUCGAUCUCGAGGGAGAAGUGAAGCAAGUGAAAGUACAACUAGCUUUUUCAACGAACGAACUACGGCAGCGAACAACGGCAUUGUUGCUCUUGCAAACAGAAAACAACGAAGAGAUUGCAUCAAGAGAUUGUCGACAUCUGGAAUCCGGGAUGUCUUUCGAAAAACUUUUUUUCAGAAGAAGCUAUUACCUACUCGUGGCCUUAACGUCGGAGGGUCAGCUCAUUUUCGAAGAGGAUACCGAAGGCAUAGCUUAUGGUGUACGUCUCAACGAUAGAAACUUCUUGAAUGGAGCUAGGCAUAGCGUUUAUUAUGUACGAGAAAAUAAUACGACGAUGCUUUUGAUCGAUCGUGAACAUGUACAACUCUUACCAAUUCCAAUACUCAGUUUAGGCGAUUACUAUGAUACUCCAGGUUCGACUGAGAUUCAAAUUGGUGGAUUGAAUACUACAGAUUCUCGAUUUUCUGCUUACAAAGGAUACACUGGUUGCCUCAGCAACGUUGUUAUCUCGAUCAAUGGCGGACCUAUAAUGAAACCACUCGAAGAAUACAUGUUAUUUACUAAACAAGGAAGUGAAACUGUAAGAGCAACGAUACCGGCUGGCGUCAGGAGUGCACAAUGUGCUGUUUUUCAUGCACAACCUCGGGGUUUAGAGCCUCAAAGAAACGACAGUGUUGGAAUUAAAGGAGUAUGGGCCGAAGAUCCACCAGAAAGGAUUCUCUACAAAUCUCAAUACUCUGAUGCGACUCAAGAAGAACAAGGUGCUGGGACCUAUAUUUUCAUAGCUUUGUGCUGUUUGUUCGUCGGUGCCGUAAUAGGAUGUAUUUAUGAAGUAUGGCGAAGUGCAAGAAAGGAUAGAAGACGUCGACGAAGUGCAGCAGCUGUAGCUAGUAAAUCACCGAGUCCUUCGGGGUCACAAAGGUGGCAACCUCAACAAUACACUGAUUCGUUGGUCACGACGACUGGUAUAAAAACUAUUGGCUUUAAAAUUACUGAUGAUGAAAAAAGGCCAAAUGGUACUCAUAUGAAAGCUAGUGCUAAGGAAUACAAACCACUGCCUAAUACAGAGCCUAAAGAAUUGAUAAAUGAUAAAAAGGUUCACAUAAAAGCAGACGAGGAACCAGAGAAAAAGGAGCUGCUAGGGGUAAAUACAGGCAUCGUCAAUAAACCUCCGAAACCAAACCCAUUCUCAAUGGAGGAUCUAAGGGAAGAACCAGAAUUAGAAGAAUGCGAAGAAGAAGAAGAGGAUAAUGAAGAGAAAACUGAAUUGACGGAAGAAGAUGAUCAAGAAGAACAGGAUGAGGAUAACAAAAAGAAUGGUGAUGAGGAAGAAGAAGAAGAAGAAGAAGAAGAAGAAGAAGGAGAAGGAGGAAAGGAUGGUAGUCAAGAGAACGAGGUCCUCUUGAAGUCGGUAAGAGAUACGUCACGGAGAAUGUCCUUGAUCGAUAAUCCAUUGUUAAAUGAAGAAAAGGGACUCCUUCAAACGAAUUUUUCCGUAACUGGCAUAAAUGAAAUUAAAACAGAAUGUAUACCAACUGUUAAUAACGUUGAUACGAAUAUUGAACAAACUACUACUAUUAUUAAAAAGGAUCCACCAAAACGACCAAUGAGUUUAGAUCUUAGUGUCCCCAUUACGUACAAAAAGCCACACGGAAGAGCUCGUUUUGAAAGAGUUACGGCAAGAUUGAUCGAUCCUCGCGAUAAUAUGUUCAAAACUUAGAUAAAUUACGCAUUUAAAAUUUAGGAACCUUUUAAAAGAGAUAUAUAUUAUCGUAGAUAUAUAUAUAUAUGUAUAUAUAUAUAUAUACAUAUAUAUAUGUAGAUGUGAAAAGAAAUAUAAAUUAAUAAGAGAAACUUAUAGUGCCUAGAAUAUACAUAUCGCAAAAGUUACGAGAUUUAGAAUGUAUGUUCUACUGCGUUUAGGAUGAGAUCGUUGAAUGCAUUUAACAACCCUUAGUGCCUCU